UAAAAGAAAAUUACUCACAAUGAAGUCUGUUAGCUUAUGGUCAGACAGGAGGGACUCAACCAACAGGACAGAACGGGAAGAACUGAAAUACCUAUGGGUCGCUGAAAAAACAAACUUGUGUCAGGAUGUUAAUGACAUGGAAGCAGAAAAACAUAAGCCAGCACCACUGGUGUAUACAGACAUAAUUGAUGAAGAUGAAUCUGAGAGAGAGCUUUUGUUGUCAAAACCUACAUGUUUUUUCGUUGUUGGAAAACCAUGCAUUGGGAAACAAACUCUAGCUAAAAGCUUAGCAGAGGCAUGGAAAUCAAUAUUAGUUGAACCUCAAGAACUUAUACAGCAAAACCUUGAUCAAAACACAGAAACAGGGAAAAUGUUUCAUGAAUGUUUACUUAGAGGUGAAAGUAUCUAUGAGGAGCUUGUAAUUAACUUGAUAUUGGACAAACUCCGCUCCCCAGAAGUUCGUCAUCAUGGCUACGUUUUGUGUGGAUUUCCAUCUUUGUCUGAGGAGUAUUUGGGAAUUCCAGAGCAAAUAGAGAUCAUAAAAAAUCUGAAUCUAAAUCCUGACUUCAUUAUUAAUAUUAAGUGUCCUGAUGGUGACUUGUGUGAACGUGUGUCUGGGCAACGUCAAGACCCCAUGACUGGGAGGAUAUACCAACAGGUGGAAUGGAAUCCUGACAAGGCAGAUAGAGAACAACAGAAAAAAGAAAAUGAGGAAGAAGCAAAGGAAGAGGAAGAAUUUGAAGAGAUGGAAGAAGAAGAAAAAUCAGAAGUGACCCCAGAGCUUGUUGCACGUUUGGUAAAGAGACCAGAAGACAUCCUUUCAACCUUUGAAAAGCGAGUAGCUCUCUACAAAGACAAAUUGCUGAGGCCUUUAGAGGAUUAUAUGGCUGAUCAUGAUUCUCAGUAUUUGAUAGAGCUGGAUGGAAACAGAAAACCCAAUGAACUCUUGAUGUCAUUAAUGUAUAAAUUGGAAUUCAUGGGUCUACAACCAACGGCAACAGCACAAUUUCUUCAUGAUGAUGAGGAAGAAGCUCUUCCAGAGGAAGUUGAGGAUGAUGAUCUGUUCCGGACCGUUGCAGCUUUGAAAUAUACAGCACCAGGAUACCGUUGGCGUAGAAGCAAAUGGGGUCGAAUAUGUCCCGUGUCUUUGUUUAAUGGAAAUUUUGUUUUGGGCAAAGCACAAUUUGCUGCCAGUUUUUUGGACAAAAUGUAUUUUCUUUCAUCUGAGGAAGCUUUGAAAAAGUUUCUUGACAAUCCUCGACCCUACCUUCUUCCUCCUCAGCCUCAUACAGCUUGUAAGGUUGCAGUAGUAGGUCCAAAAUCUGCAGGAAAGACCACUCUCUGUGAACUGAUUGCACUCAAGUAUGAUGCAAAGGUGCUGGACUUGUCCCAGCUUAUACAGCCACAUCAAGAGAGACUGAAGUUGGAGAAUAUUGAAAUGGUUCGAAUGGAAACAUUGCAAUCAGCAAUAGCCACAGUUAAAAAUAAACUGGAAAAGGAGAUGCCAGAGCGUAUUCAAGCAGAGGCAGAUCCUUUGUCAAUUGAUGUUAUAAAUGAAGAGGGAGUUCAAAGUCCAAGAGCUGAUAGUAAUAAAGACCCUGCUGCGAAUGAAACAUCAUUAAACGAGAUCACUGAAGAUCCAUAUCUACCAAUUGCAGAAGACAUGUCAGCAGUAUCUGUAAACCCUGAUGCCAUAAAAACAGCAGUUGAAGAAGUGACUGAGGAUCAUCCAGAUGUAAAGGCAAUUGUAAAUGAGGCUGUUGAGAAGGCAUUACAGGCUCCUGUGGAAUUGCCAAUUAGUACCUACAUGGAUGUAUUGGCAAAAGCUAUUUCAGAGGUGCAUGAAGAAAGAGAAAAGAGCAAUCCUGAUCAUCCAGUGGCAGGGGGUUGGGUGCUGGAUCAUUUUCCUGAAACGGUAGAUCAAUGUAAAGCAAUGGUAGAACUAGGUUUAACUCCUGACAACAUCUUCCUUUUAUUUAAUGCAGUGGAUGAUGGAAAAUUCCUCCUAAACAGACUGUACAAUCUAAAUAAAAAUGAGAUUGAUUUCAAAAUAAUACAAAGGCUUCAAGAAGCAGAAGCAAAAAAGCUUGAAAAACAAGCUGCCCUAGAAAGUUUAAAAGAACCAAAAAACCAACAGUCAGAAUCACUGGACAUGAAAGAAGAAAAUGAAGCAGUUGAAGAAAUUGAAGCAACUUCCCAGUCUAAAUCAGAUGAUCAACCAUCUACGCAUGAAAUUGUGCUGGAAACCAAACCUUCAUUUGAAUCAAAAUCUGCAAAUGCACAGGAAUCAGAAGCUGCAUUUCCUCAAGAAUCUGCUUCUGAGCAACAACCGGAGCCAAAGCCAGAAAUCAAAUUACCUGAAGUUCCUGAGGGAGGUUAUCCAGAAGGCCCAGAAAUGGAUCAUUAUCGCAAGGUUCUCUCAGAUUACAUGCAGAAUUGGAAAUUACUAAAUGUAGUUCUUACAACAUCUGUAAAUAGAACAUUGGAGAUUGCUGGCAAAUCUCCAGAGGCUCUUCUUGAAGAAGCUGUUGAAGUUUUGAAUGAACCCUACCAGUACAGUGGCUGGGAAUUAUCUGGUGCGGACUUAGAUGAAGAAAAUGAAGAUGCUGAAGCAGCAGCAGAAGAAGCAGAAGAGGAGGGGGCUGCAGAAGAGGAAGAGGAGAUGGAGGAGGAGUUAGAAGAAGAAGAUGAAGGUGCGUCUCUGAGAAAGAGCAGGCAGAUGGGUGAAAGUAAACAUUACUGCCCUGUGGCUUUAAAAGAAAAAGCAGUUCUGCUUCCAGGUGAUCAAGAUUGUGCUGCUAGAUACCGAGAGAAAUAUUACUAUUUUUCUAAUCCUGAUGCUAGGGAUAAAUUUUUAAAAAGACCCGAAGAUUACAUAAAUGUAAAAGAACCUCUGAAGGCACCUCCACUGAGACUAUUUGUUUUUGGAGCCAGGGGAUCUGGUAAAACGACCCACAGCAGAUGGUUGGCAAAUAAGUUGGGCAUCUUUCAUAUUCAGUUCACUGAACUUCUCCAAGAACGUAUUAUGCAUAAAACUAAAAGAAAAAUUGGGGCUGAAUAUGAUGAUGAACCAACAGAGGAUGAGCUAGCCGAUUUAGCAAUCAUUUCAGCCCUUGAACGAGGGGAACAACCUGAAAAAAUUGAGAAUGGACCUGAAGAAAAGCAAACGGAAGAAGAAGUGGAAUUCACUCCUGAAGAGGAGGCCAUCAAAUUAUUUUUGAUGGAAGAUGAACCAUUGCCACCAGAUGUGCUUGAUAAUUUAAUUCCAAAAUGGUGGAAUGAAGAGCCAUUUAAAUCCAAGGGGUUUGUGCUUGAUGGUUUCCCAAGCACAGCAGAUGAAGUUGAAUACCUUGGAAAUAAUAGCUUGUUGCCAGACACAGCCAUCCUAAUGAAAGUCGAAGACAAUAAAGUGCUGGAUCGGCUGCUUCCUCCAAAACUGGCAAAGUGGAGAGAAAAAUGUAACCAAAAGCUGGAACGUAAGAAUAAAAUAAAAGAACUGAAGAAAAAAAUAAAAGAUGAACAAAUUGCUAAAAGAAGGGAGGAACUUCUGGCAGAGCGAGCUGAAAGAAAGAAAGAGAAACAGGCUGAUAAACCUGAACCAACUUCAGAAGGAAGUGAGGCAAGUGAUGAAGAAGAAGAAGAAGAAGGCGAAGAAGAAGAAGAAGAAGAUGAGAACAUUGAAGAUAUUCUAGCAGAUGAGUUUAUGGUGGAGGAGGAGGAAGUAGAUGAGGAGGAAGAAGAAGAAAGUGAAGUUAUUGAACAGAUGAGAACUGACAUUGGAGAUAAAUAUGAGUCCGAUCAAGAGAGGAUAAGUGCACUUCGGGAUCAACUGAAAGAAUUUUUGAUUCCAUGCAUUGUGAUUAAUGGAAACCGUAAACCUCAUAUUGUCCAAUACAAGUUGCAUCAGAAAGUGGAACCGCUAGUGAAAAAUCGUGUUAGUCUGUUUGAAAAAUGUUUCCCUGUGAAUAUAAAACUUGCUCAAAAGCUGCUGGAUAACUCUUAUAAAAGGUUAAGCUCUUUUGGCCGAUGGGAUAUUAUUGAGUUAAGUGAAGGAAAUGCAAUCCAGCCUAUCCAAGAUAUGCAUCAAAAUGUCUUCCCUGUUGUCCACCGCAAGUAUGUUUAUUUCUUUGUGAGCAAGCAAAACAGAGACAAAUUCAUUGAAAAUCCUUUCAAGUAUAUCACCCAGCCUAAGCCAAGGCCUGCUGUGCCAAUCAAGAUUGCCAUUGUUGGACCCCCAAAGUCUGGAAAGAGUACUGUGGCCAGGAAGUUUGCCAGUGAAUUUGGACUUCAGCGCAUUUCAGCAGGAGAAGCUAUUCGCACAGUCCUGACCACUCAGAGGAAGACUGCUUUGGCUGUUAAUAUUAUUAAACAUCUCAAACAGGGUUUGAUCGUGCCAGAUAUAUUUGUUGUAAAGUGUCUAGAAGUGUGCUUGAUGGAUGUCGUAUGCAAUACCAGAGGGUUUGUCCUGGAUGGAUAUCCCGUAACCAGAGAGCAAAUAAAUCUACUCAAUUCUUGGAAAAUAAUUCCUACUCGGAUUAUUGAGCUGCAAACAGAUAUAAAAGAGAUUUUGAAGAGGGGUUUAAUUGACAAAAGGUCACCAAACAGGAUCUAUCCACUCCAUGACAGUUCUCAGAUUCUAACCAUUCGAAAUUCAUCAUUUAGUCAUGAGAUUAGUGCUAUCUGGGAAUAUUACCAACAGGAGCAUCAAAACUGGCGUAUUAUUUAUGGACAACACAGCAAGUGGUGGGUGUGGCUAAAAGUGCUCGAAGAAGUCAAAGCCAGUGUAAAACAGAUUGAGAUAUAUCUGGAACGAAUACGUGAAGGUAAAGCUGCCAAUAUUGCUGGUUUGUGCAUCACACCCAAUGAACUGCUAACACGCCUUGGAGAGUUUGGGCAAUACUGUCCUGUCACCCUUCAAUUACAAGAGGAACUGGAAGACUGUUCUGUUGAUCCAUCAUUGGAAUUUGCAGCAGAGUUCCGAGGACACUACUACAAACUAGCUUCAAAGGAAGCUCUGGAAACAUUCUUGGAGAACCCAGAGAUGUUUGUACCUCCACUAGCUGCUGUGACUCUGCCACCACCUGAUAUGUUACCAAUAAAGCUUACUGCAAUUGGAGUGAAGGCCAGGUUUCCUAAGCAUGCAGAAUUGCAGGGCUACUGUCCAGUUACAUUUCUGGAUGGGAUGGAGAAGUAUGAAGCUUUGAUACCUGGACACAUUGAUUAUGCUGUUGAAUACAGAAACAAGUUAUAUCUUUUUCAGGAUGAGAAACACCUUAAUAAAUUUAUGCGACAUCCUGAGAAGUACUGCGAUCUGAAGCUCCCAAAUAAACUUCCACCAGUGAAAGAUACGGUAGCUCUCACUUCACUUCCAAUACUUGGAUAUAUGGAACAAGGAGCAGCAGUAUCAAUAAUUAAAGCAUUAACAGCUGUGGGGUGCCUGAAGCCAAAAUAUCCUUUCUUAAGUGUGAGGAAGUCUGCACUUUUCUAUAUUUCAUAUCAUCUUAAAGCAUACAACCCAAAAAGCUAUGACUAUGUGAGAAAGAAAUACAAAAAGAAGUUGGAGCAAUAUGAAGAACACUGUGAACUCAUCAGCUACCUUGGAUCAAAGAUGACUAGAAAGUACAAAGAACCCAAAGAUAGACCCAUUGACUUUGAUCACAAAUUACAAACGUUUCUAUCACUCAAAAAUGUAGAACCUUCAUUAACAAGUAUUCCUUAGAAAAUUUAUCUUAGCUGAAUCUUUCAUAGUUUUUCAGAUUAAACCAUCUUUAGCCAGAAAGCAUUUGCCAAGGAACAUGUUACAAUAGUAAUUAUUGGAUUUUACAUUGUCAAUUAUAAAAAAGUUUUCAUUGUCCUGCUGUUUUAUGUUUAUUCUCCCCAUGGCAUGAACUUUUAACAAGCCUUGAGUUUGCAUGCUCUUCCCAGAUCUCUUAUCAAUUGGUCUCAUCAGGUUUCAAGUAUAACCCAUAGGACCUCAGUAGUGUUUAUAUUGUGAUUUCCCUCCCCACCAUUAACCAUUCCUAGAUUAAAUACUUAUGGGCUGCCUGCAUUGAUGCUCAUGAUUUGGAACUCACGUUGCAGAGAAUGAAGCUUUGCCAAAAGUGUAACACAUUGAUAUACCUGUAUAUUUCAUUUGUAUACCACCUUAGUAUAGAGUACUGUUUAUUUCUCAAUGUGCUUGUUACAAUUAUUUCCAAAGAUUUUUACAUUUUAUUAUUUUUACUUUAUAACAGAAAAUUCACUUUGUAUUCAUUUGAAAUAAAUGAUAUAUUAGAGGC